GUCACAAUGGCUUCAAUCUAUAUUGUCGGGAUUUUAAGUAUUUUGUUGUUGAUACAGAACAGUAAUGCGUAUGAAUUCAUGGUUGGAGGUUCCGGCGAUUGGAGUCUUGCAUCAACCUCCUAUAAUCAAUGGGCGGAAAGAAGCCGCUUUCAAAUUGGGGAUACCAUUUUGUUCAAGUAUCAAGCCGGGAAGGACUCGGUGGUUCAAGUAAGCAAAGACGAUUACAACAACUGCAACGCAGCAUCACCCAUUGCUAAGUAUAGUGAUGGUCACUCUGUAGUCAAAUUGAACCAUUCCGGGCCUCAUUAUUUCAUUAGUGGACUGGUGGAAAAUUGUAAAAACAAUGAAAAGAUUGUGGUGGUUGUAAUGGCAGAUAGAAGCAACCGGGCACCAACAAGUUCACCUCCGUCUCCAGCUCCAUCAGGUGAAGAAUCUCCAUCUCCUCCACCAGAAGGAGGAGAGCUUCCAUCUCCUCCCCCAGCUCCAUCUACAGAAGAUAAUAACCCAACCCCCGCCCCAAAUGUUGCAUCUUCAAUUGUCACUAGUUUCAUUUACUCCAUUGUUGCUUUUGCUGGCUCAACGCUUCUCUUUGUACUUUGAGUUAGUGACGAUUUGCAUUAGAAGUAUGUUAUGUUUUUCUUUCUUUAUUAUUGUAAUUUUUUAUAUAAUACAUAAAUAAAUUGUCAAAAUGAUUGUACUAAAGUGUCGUGAUUAAA